AUGAUAGUGCUCUUCGAUUCCGCCCGUCAUCCGUCGCAUCUCCUUCUCUCUGUCGAUUCUCAAUUCUUCUUUCCGUCCAUGAGCUCAAGAGUUCCCUGUAAGUAUUUCUUCAAUGUUUCCCUACCGACAUGCCAUUCAGGUUGUGAUGUGUUCAUUUUCGACUAUUGCAGAAGGUUAAUUGGUGUUGGGGGCGAAGGAUUCAAGCAUUAA